AUGGGGGAAGCUGCUUUUGGAGAAGCUGACCCUUUUACAAGUACUGAUUUGUGCAAAAUGCUGGGACUAAUUGAUGUUCAAUUUGAAUAUAAUGAGGAGGACUUUGAAUAUAUUUCGUUUGAAAAGUCGUUCAAUGUUCGCUUUCGUCAACAAUUCCAAGAUAUGAAUCCAACAGCAAGUGUGCCAGUUGUUAGUGAUGUUAUGUCAUUAAAAUAUAAUGAAUUUCAAAAUAUGCGUGCUGGACGUGGCAAACAAUUAGCUAGUAAGAAAGUUGACCGAAUCGCAGGAUCUACUUCGAAUCCAGCAACUUCAAAAGAUUUACAACCAACGUCAUCUGGUGCUGGUUCUUCUGGACAAAUUAAAAAAGUGAAUAUGCUUUCUGGUAAGAAAGUUGUCCGAUUUGCUGAAUCUACUUCGAAUCCAGCAUCUUCAAAAGAUUUACAACCAACGUCCUCUGGUACUGGUUCUUCUAGUAAAAAAGUGACACCUCUAAAAAUUAGCCUGAAGAGAAAAAAUGAUGCUAACUCCAAUCAAGAAUUUGAAUCUCUUUUAAAAGAAGAUAAGAAAGUGAAGACAAAGGAGGAACACAAAAAAGAACGUGCCGAGGCCAAGAAAAAUAAGGAAUCGGAAAAACGAGAAAAAGAAGAAAAAUGGCAAAAAUUUUUUGAGGCUUGUUGUGAUAUACCUACAGAAACUAGGAAAAAAUAUGCUUCUGCGUUUGUGAAGCAAAGAAUACAGCCACAUCUUCUACCUGAUUUGGAUGAUCUUCUAAUACUUGAAGAAGAAGAGGAUGUUUAUAACCCCACAAAACCAAUUUUGUCGCCAGCUCCAGAUCGUCAUGAUAUUUAUCAUAUUAAAAUGCCUACUGGAGAGAGUACUUCAAAAAAAGCUAAAAAUGUUUUGGAAGUGGAUAAUGGCACUACUAAAACUAUGGUCGUAAAAGAUGCUUCUAGUACAUUGAUUGGACGUGGAAUAGUUGCAAAUGAGUCAGCUGAAAAUAAUCGAGUGAAUUUGGGGGUUGAAAUUCAGAAUGGGUCAAAAAAUGCUAAAAAUAUUUUGGAAGUGCAUAAUUGUCAGUAUAUAAAAAAUUUUGAUUUAUUGAAAAUUAAAUAA